UAUGAUAUUGAAUGAGAUUUCAAGAGAUGACGAACAACAAUCAUUUAUUAGCAUAACUGAUAAAGAUUAAGUACUUCAAACAUAAACCAAUUUGAAAUAACAAAUUAAGAUGUUGCCACCAAUAUAUUUAUCAAUGUCACUGAUAGUUUUAUCUGCAGCUAUUUUAAGUCAGUUUUAAUAUGCAAGGGCUUAAAUAUUCCCUCUGUUUUUAGAGUUGCCUUUUUAAAAGAAUUAAUUAUUUACUGUAUUAUAUUUAAUAAAUUAUAUUUUAUAGAUUGGAAAUGCUUUAAUAAGUUUGAUGGGAAUUAUUAUAUAUUAUUUGGUUUAUUAAGCCAAUUAAUCAAAACCUAUUAGAAAACGUUAUUCAACUAGAUCAAUUCCACAUAAAGUCUUUUCAUUUUAGAUAUUUUUAAGUGGAGUUUUAUCCCAUCUAGCAUUUCUAGCUUUUGCUUUACUGCCAAUUGAAUAUAAAAAUCAAUCCAAUUUUCUAUGUAUAGAAAUAUAUAUCAUUUUAGAUACCGAAGACAGAAUUUUAUUAACCUUUUCGUUUAUUAUGAAUUUCUUAUUCACAAGCUAUUACAUGUGUUAUAAAUAGGGUUCUUAAACAUCUAAACUCAGAAAUCAAUUAUAACCAUUUUCUUUGAGUUAACAAAUAAAAGCAGCUUUAUUUACUGUAAUUUGCUUUUUAUUUACUGCUUGUAUUUGAAUAGAUAUUUAAUUAAUCUAUUUUAGUUAUAUCGGUGAAUUUCAUUAGUAUUUUUAUGGGUAUGCCAAUGGCUUAAGGAGAACCAAGUUUAAAUGAUGGUUUAAGUGCAUCAGAAGAUUUUAUUGCAAACAUGGUUAGCGAGAUAUAUUCGACACUGUCAUAUAGUUUAUAUUUGAUGAAUUCAUUUUUUAUAGGAAUGUUUUAUUCUGACUUAUAGAAAGUAAUACAAGUGUUUUGAUUGUAGAUUAAUUUGAUUAUGAGUGUUGAUUAAGAAAUGAUGCUAAAUAGGAAUGAAAAAUCAAAGUGAUU